AUGUCCACUUGCCUCGCUCUAGAAGACAGUAGCAAAAUAUGUGAGGGAGCUUGUUAUCUCUUAUUACAGCUUGAGUGUUCGACCCAAGGUAGGACUGCGAAGGGCUACUCAAAAAUAGGGGCAGCCUUGGAUGCAUAUCUAGAGCAAAUAGCCUUGCCAAAAGUCGAAACGACAUCCAACACUGACUGCAUCGACCGUCUUGCACUUGUCAUUGCUAUUUAUGUUAAUUGAUGUCCUCAGAGUUGGGCAGUCGGUGCAAUUUCACAAUAACGUAGGCUACAGUGAACGGCAACGACAGACUGUCAAUAUAAUAUGAGCUCAUAUGUGACCCAGUGUGCCAAGUCUGCUGCCGCGUUGUUCCAGCGGGCCCACGAGCGCACCCAUCUUUACAAGCACUGCCGUCGCACGCAGUCAGAGAGAUUUAUGAAGCUUUCAAGGCCUUUUGAUUGAUCGGCCACUCGAUGGGGAUUCACCGUGGAGCUCCCACCUGUGCAGUCUGCCCUCCGCCCCGCCGCCUCCCCUCCCUCUACCGCACUUCCUCCAUACAAAUCAUGAAACUGGUAUUAACUGAAUGGCAAUCAAUAUGGAUUUUUACUAAUUUCAGUAGACAAUAAAUACCAACGCACACACACAUUCACACACAAACACACACACACACAUAUAUAUACACACACACACACACACACACACAUACACACACACAUGCCUACACAUACAUAUGCAUGCUUUACCUUAAAGGGAGUGACCUCAUGACAAAGCCAUAUCUAGGCGAACGCAACAAUACCAAAUAACCCCACAGCGUUGGUGGAGCAUCUCUGAAUAAAAGAAAAACAAUCGCAAAAUAGGACAAAGCACACAAGGAAUGUACCUUUGAGAGAUUUUUUUUUGUUGUUUUCACUCAUCAUUGAGUUACCUCGGCAACACAGUGAAGACGACUGCAUUAACAGACGAUCGGACGACACAGGGAGUUUAUACUUUUUUUUUUUAAAGGAGAAACCAUUGUUUGUAAGUUGUCAUAGGUUGACAGUUUGUUUUUUUCCUCUCUAAACAAACACUUGUUUGGUUUUCGCCUUCGGUUGUCGUUUGGAGAGGCCUGACGGUGCACCAUUAGCUCGGCCGUGUGCAUGCCGGCGACCAUGGCACCUCAGAACACUGACGCCGACGCAAUGCAAGUGCAAGGCGUGGUGGUGGUACCCGCCAAACGCAGCGGGGGGCUGGAGAAUGGAGGGGGAGAUAAAGGUGGACAUGGCGGAGGCAAAGGAGGUGGUGGUGGAGGAGCAGGAGGACCAUGUGGAGGAGGUGGAGGAGGAGGAGGCAAGGACCUGGAGGGCCAAGAGGAGUCACCGAGCGAGGGCUCUAUAGACCGCAUUCCGCUCCGUCAGUGGAUCAUGCACGGGGCGGUCAUGUUCGGACGCGAGUUCUGCUACGCUAUGGAGACGGCAUUGGUCACUCCUGUCCUGUUGCAAAUAGGUCUUCCAGAACAAUACUACAGCUUGACGUGGUUCCUGAGUCCCGUCCUGGGCCUGAUCUUCACGCCGCUGAUUGGCUCGGCUAGUGACCGCUGCACGCUGCGCUGGGGCCGCCGGCGCCCCUUCAUCCUGGCGCUGUGCGUUGGUGUGCUCCUUGGCGUGGCGCUCUUCCUUAACGGCUCGCUCAUAGGUCUCGCCCUCGGUGACGUGCCGAACGAGCAACCCAUCGGGAUCGUGCUGACCGUGCUGGGGGUGGUGGUGCUGGACUUUUGCGCGGACGCCACGGAAGGCCCUAUACGGGCCUACCUACUGGACGUGGCUGACACUGAAGAGCAGGACAUGGCCCUCAACAUCCACGCCUUCUCCUCAGGUCUUGGUGGAGCUGUGGGCUACGCGCUGGGCGGCCUAGACUGGACCCACACUUUCUUGGGCCGGACGUUCAAAUCGCAGGAGCAGAUCCUGUUCAUGUUUGCGGCCGUGCUCUUCACCGGGUCAGUGGCGCUGCACCUGUUCAGUAUCGAGGAGCUGCAGUACAGCCCGCAGCAGGACCGGCUGGACGAGGAGGACGACACGCUCUCCUCAGUCAAGCUCAACGGCAGCCUGGCCCAUCAUGGCCAGCCGCACCUGCUGCUGGACGACGAGGACGAGGACGGCGACGAGCGCUGCGACCUCUACGACGAGGAGGACGAGCGGGACGAACUGGACAUGGAGUUCCUGGACGUGGAGAUGGUGCGGAGCAAGAGCGACUCGGUGCUGGCCAUGGCCGACGCCACGCUGGACCACCUGGAGGCCGACGCGUCCUUCCUGCGGCAGAUCGAGCCGUCCAUCUUCGCCGACCGGCUGUCGUCGUACCACGGCUCGCCGCCCAGGCGCAGCAGCAGCGCCGGCAGCCAGGACUUCCUGCGCAUGGCCAGCCGGGCUAGCGACGGACCGUCCGGCGGCGGAGGAGGAGCGGGGACCGCCCGCUUUAGCCGCCUGUCGGCGUUCCUCCAGGAGCUGGAGCGUGAGGGCGGCGAAGAGGCGCUGCUCAACAACUGCCAGCUGGACGACUCGCCCAAGUCGCCCAACGGCCACGCGCCCGGCGGCGGCGACGCCAACGGCAAUGGCGUGGGCACCAACGGCCGGCCGCGCUCGGGCCCCUCGGGCCUCAAGGCCUCCAGCGCCAACGCCUCCAUCCGCCGCCGGCGCCACACCUUCUACCGCCAGCCGUCCUGCACCUUCUCCUACUACGGCCGCGUGGGCUCCCACCGCUACCGCUAUCGGCGCGCCAAUGCCGCCCUCCUCAUCAAGUCGUCGCGCAGCAUGAACGACAUCUACGAGAUGCAGAAGCGGCAGCAGCGCAAGCGCACGACCACGACCGUCAAGCGCGCGCGCCACCAGAGCGGCAACACCAACUCCAGCGGCGACACGGAGAGCGAGGAGGGCGAGACAGAGACCACCGUCCGGCUCUUGUGGAUGUCCAUGCUGAAGAUGCCCCGGGAGCUGAUGCGCCUCUGCAUCUGCCACCUGCUCACCUGGUUCUCCAUCAUCGCAGAGGCCGUCUUCUACACUGACUUCAUGGGCCAGGUCAUCUUCGAGGGAGACCCUACGGCUGCUGCCAACUCCACAGCUCUGUAUAACUAUCAUAAAGGAGUGCAGAUGGGCUGCUGGGGACUGGUCAUCUACGCUGCCACAGCUGCCGUGUGCUCAGCGCUACUCCAGAAGUACCUGGACAACUUUGACCUCAGCAUCAAGGUCAUCUACAUCCUGGGCACGCUGGGCUUCUCCAUCGGCACGGCCGUCAUGGCCAUGUUCCCCAACGUCUACGUGGCCAUGGUGAUGAUCAGCAGCAUGGGGGUCAUCUCCAUGAGCAUCUCCUACUGCCCGUACGCCCUGCUCGGCCAGUACCACGAAAUCAAAGAGUACAUCCACCACAGUCCAGGCAAUUCCAAGCGAGGCUUUGGCAUCGACUGCGCCAUCCUGUCGUGCCAGGUGUACAUCUCUCAGAUCCUGGUGGCGUCAGCGCUGGGCGCCAUGGUGGAGGCCACGGGCAGCGUGCGCGUCAUCCCCAUCGUGGCGUCCGGCGGCUCCUUCCUGGGCUUCCUGACCGCGUGCUUCUUGGUCAUCUACCCGCAGGACGGCGACGGGGCACACGGCAAGGGCGAGCAGACCAAAGCGCUGACGUCCUCGUCGGCGACCUCGUCCCUGGAAGUCGUGGAGAAGCCCAGCGUGCUCAAGCUGACCCGCAAGGGUGCCGCCACCACCACCUGCAAGGUGGAGUGCGAGUCCACCCUGUGACCGUGCACGAGGAACGAAGUGCAUGAAAACAGACUAGCGUAUGACAAACAAGACGCAACGCAAUGCAGCACUCCACAGCGGUUGUGACAAACAACGCACACGCACACACUCAUGCACACACUCAUGCACACACUCAUGCACACACUCAUACACACACUCACACAGCCUCAAAGUGGUUGUCACCAAUGAGGCAUAAAACAUUCCCAUCAGUGCACAGUGGUCUCCGAUCUCAUUCUCUUGCAUGCGUCCAGGAGAGAGCGAGAGAGAGAGAGCAAGAGAGGACCAGAGGAUAGAACUUGAAACAAGAGACUAAAAAAGCUGUUUCUUCAUUUCGUCCUCAGUUCAUUUUUGUUUGUGUGUGUGUGUGUGUGUGUGUGUGCGCGUGUGCGCGCGUUUUUUUCUUCUCGAGCUUGUGGGCCUGGCCUGGCCGGACUCAGGGCUCAGUGUGGAGCGGGCACUUGCCCGUCUCUCCCUCUCAGGGCCACCAGGGGGCGUCCCUGGACUGGACACAUCAGGGGUCAGGGGGGGAAGUGUGUUCAGGAUGGUGUGGAGGAACUCUGAAAGACACACACCUCUCCCACUCACUUUUACCCCCCAAUGUAAAGAUGGAAAGGAAAGUUUAAACAAAAAUGUCUGUGAGAAUAUUUCCUUUGAAUAUACAUAUAGAGAUAUAUACAUACAUAUACAAACAUUUAUAUUUUCCCUUAAGUUAUUAUAUUUAGCAUUUUCUUUUCUUGUUCGACCUGAUGUCUCAUGAUGACUGGAGACAUUGCAGUUACCAAAAGUUGCCCAGUUAAACGACUCUUAUCAGAGUAAUGUUUUACUUUGUGGACUUGUAGACUUCACUUGGCUUUAUUUAAAAAUACAAGAAAGCUGGUGUGUUUAGGUGCUCACAUCGUCAGGAGCGCUCUGAGAUUUUGGGGUCAUUCCCCGAGUUGGGCAUCGAAGAGCUCAAUUUUGACACCUGGAUAAGGCACUAUGGCAGUACCUGAGGGGGUUUGCCUGGGUCUUCUGGAGCGGUCUCAUUGGGUCCAUCUGGUGUUCGUUUUAACCAGGUGUUUCAGGUCCACACACAUCCUCAACCUUUCUGCGCAAAGCCUGACAUUGCCACCUCAAGGGCAUUAGAUCUCAUGGUGGUCGAAGGCGGUCGAAACACUUUUUAGAAUCGAUAUAACAAAUAAAAAAUCUCAAUGCUGCAUCAGAGUUGUAGAGUAUUAGCCUGAUACCAAAUAAAAGAGAAGCAACAGGAUGGAGAAGUGGAGCGCGUUUGAAAGGACAUUUGUUUUUUUUCUCAGCUCCCUUCGUUUUCGUUUCUUUAAUCUUUUGGAGUUGGCUGUCUCUCGACACAAGGUCAAUGCUCUUUGCUGGAUGUCACUUCAGAGAUGUUUAUAUCCAGGUGUGCCUGUGCUUGGAGGAGACAGGGGGUGGUGGUUGGGUGGGGGGGGGCGACUUUAGGGGAGUUUGAGGCUGAUGGUGCCUGUUGCUGGCAGCACUUUUGUGGCAGAACUUGAACUGUGCAGGAAUUACCAUGAAGACAAAUGUAGCGGUGUCUCUCUUUUUUUUUUUUUUUUUUUCUCUCUCUCUAAUUUUUUUGUUUUUCUUUUCCCUUUUUUUGUCCUGUCCUCAAAACACAAUCUCCUAUGUUUGUUUCUGACAAACAAAAAAAGUAUUGAGUUGAGUUAAGUCCUCUCACUAGUCUGUUUACAUUUGCACCUGGUUGCUGCAUGUGCGGCAGUGGAGUGGGGCUUGGAUGAAAGAAGAGAGUAAGACUUUAGUUUAGUCUUUCUCUAAAAUUCCCCACACAGUCAGAUCUUCCAAACAAGUCCUCACCGUGAUUCAAUCUCCUUUUCACUCUUAUGUUUGCACAGCUUAAGAUGGGGACAAAGGCCAUGGUGAUGACCCAUAGCUGUGGCCUAACAGUUCUCCAUAGGGAGAAAUCGCUGUAUGUUUUGGCGUAUUCAGGGCAUAUUGUUCUGCGCCCUAAAACCUUUUUUUUCUCCAAUGGCAUGUUCAUAGGGCAGAGUAGGGCCCUUUAGUUCUGAGUUCUGCCCUCCUUUUUGCAAAGCUAUCAGUCGGAGGUGUAAUGUUACCACAGGUAUAUAUAUUUUUCUUCUUCUAAAAAAUGGUUUCCAUUUUACAUUACUUAUGAUGGUAAUACUUCUGUUCCAUAGAAGUAGAGAAUCGAAUUAACGGCGAAGUACAUUUUCAGUGUCUCAGAGAAGCCAAACUUGAAGACAGACCGUACACAAAAAAUUAUUGUUUUCCCUUACUGAGAAAUCAGGCAAAUAAUCAGUUGCAAUAAUGCUAUCUGCCUCAGUAAAGUUGAUUUGUUUUAUAACACUGGGGUGAAAUUGUCAUGCAUGAAUGGUUGUUGGUAUAUUCUAUUUACUACAGCAAUGUAUUCAUAGAUUUUCUUUUUUUUUGAGAACAGCUGUCUUUAAAUACUUGAAGUGCAAACUGGGUGUUUCUGAGAAGCAAUGGAGUAUGUAUUCAGCUCCAGAACUCUUGCUGCAGAUGGCAGAAUGUUGACAUGGAGUGAUUUGAAUUAGGCCUUGCUUGGGGAGUAGAACUUUUGAUUCCAUCAGGUGACAAUGUCAAGUACUGAAUGUAAUAUUUGUUUGUUUUUCUAUGUGUUACGAGCAGAAGAUCUGACAUUGCACAGAACUUGCACAUACAGUUUUAGAAAAUCAUCUUGCAAAAGAAAGAAAUAACUGAACUGUGGAUAUUUAUUUUUUGACCUCUUGGUAAUGGACACUUCAACUUUUAUUUAAAGAAAAUAUAUAUACAGAGAGAUAUAUUUACAGUAGAGUUAAUGCAAGGGAUGUGGGUUGGUUACGACUGGAAUACAGUUGUGAGUGAGUGAGCGUGUAUGUGCGUGUCGGUCUCUGUGUGGUCCAUCAUGCAGUGUAUGUUUGUGUGUGUGCGUGUGUGUGUGUGUGCACACACGCGAUAAAAAUCACACCUCAAUUGUUUCCCUUUCCUCACGUCUUUACAGUCUGUCUGGUUUACAAAUCACACUUUAAAUCCCACUGCGGAAAAUUUUAUUUCUUGAACAGACUUUUUUUGUCCUAAGAAUGCACCGGUUGCUUUUUUCAGUUAUUUUAUUAAUCAUAGGAAAAUUUAACUGUCUCUCACGUCUUCACUGACAAAUUAUGUUACACAUUUUGAGUCUUAGAAUGAACUGGGAGUCAGAAUUUUUCUCUUGAGGAAAUUUAUAUGGAUGUUACUUCAAGGAAAAAAAAACUAUGAAUGGGGAAAUACAGACUAAUUGCAGUGUACUAUAUGCCUUGUUAUUCAAAGUUGUAAAUAUUCAUUUAAAUAGUUUCUUUUGCUGCUAUUAAAAAGCUGAUUAUUUUAUAUUAGGAUUUUUUUUCUAAAAGACAUGUAUAUAAAGUCUGUACAUAAGCUUGAGCCUUCUAAUAUAGAAACAUUGAAAAAAAAAACACUGUAUUGAAUGCACCUUUAAAGAAUCUUAACCAAA